CAAAUACGUUGUUAACAUACAUAGUGUGUUCACGCACCUUUUUGCCUUCAAUACAAAUAUUUACUUACGUAGAUUAAAUAUUUUAAUUAUAUAUGUUUAUGCUAAAUCUUUAACUUUAAAAAUGGAUAUGAUAAUUUUUGUAUUAUUGGUAAAAAAUGAAAAAAACAUUUCGUUUAUCGCGCGGUAGUUCGAUAAUGUGCUUUAUUGCAAAGGAUGGCAGCGCUAUGAGAUACACCUCAACAUUAGCGACAUUUGGAAUUACUUAUUUUAUCAUUAAAAAAAUAACACAAAAUUACGUUGCAAAACAUUGUUAAGGAUGAGUUAUCGUGGUAUUCCAGCUGGAUAUGAAGACGACCCGGAUUUUGGUUGUCUCUCUGAAAUGGUGCAGAAAAUAACCGUCGUACCAGACAUUGCUAUUGCUGCUGGGCUGAAUAACGAAAACUUCGAUCGCACCCUCAGCGCCGACGUCGACAACUGGUUUCAGAACUACAAAGAGCAAUGGAAUUCAUACAAACGUACCCCUUCUGCUCAGCACAAUCUCAAAGUGAUGCUCAAGAGACAUCAGGAUCCUCUGUUGCUUGCCUUAAAAUUGUUUGCGAAUUGUCCAGGAUGUAAUAAUUUAAAAAACAAAAACUUGGCGUUAUUUAUACUGGAAACCAUUUGUGACCUCCAUACACAAUAUCCAGAAAUAACAGCUAAUUGUUCUGACAACACGCGCAUGGUUGCUUUCAAUUUUGUGAAGACUUGCGGUAUAGUAUCGCUAUAUAAAUCUGUGAUGAUCACGUACGAACUGAAUAAGAUAUGUGAACUGUUGGUGCCUAAAAUAAAGGAAUUAAUAACACAAGGGCAUUUUAAAGAUGCUGCAUAUUGGACGAUGAACUUGCAAAUUACUCACCUUUUUGGCAUUUUCGACAUAAUAUUCCCAUUAAUUUUACAAGAUAAAGUGCCACUGGCAGAGAUGUAUCUUAAUGAUGCUAAGGAUUUGGCUUUGCCCACUGUGCAAUUCCUUGAUUCCUUACUGGAUAAACAAAAGACUGUAUUUGAACAUUGUGUUGAAAUAUUAACAAAAUAUGAGUACAAAGAUGUCAAACAUAAUGUUUUAACGUAUCGCCCAAUGUCCAAGCUAGUCACACGGUUGGCGAAGACAUACAAAAUUGACAACCAUUUUACACCCAACCUCAAUUUCACAAAGGCUUGUUCAUAUAUGCAUUUUUUGUGGCACAAAUAUCGAGAUGGCGGCAUGAGUUGUGAUGCAUAUCGUGAAUUGGCACGUGAUGCCGCCAGCACCAGGCCAUUACAAAUGGACUUGAUAACAAAUGUCGCCUCAUAUGGUGAUUAUGAAGAAGUGAAAUAUUGGAUAAAUUAUUUUAACAUACCACUGGAGGAAAUCGCAGACGAUAUACGCGAGAAUUUGAAACGGCAACAGCCUUUAGAAAAUACCGAUGAAAUUCAGAUGCUAAAUAUCAGCAGCAAUGAAACUACAAGUUCCGUAAAUAUCGGUGGUGCUACUAACAAAUCAAAACGUUCAAAUGCAACUAUACCUAAUAAUUAUUUAACUUUAGCACUACCCAUUGAAUGUGUUGUAUUAAUUGAUGAUCGUGCGAAAUUUUAUGAAAUGUUAGAAUACUUGGAAGGACAAUUACUUAUCGCAUUUGACUCUGAGUGGAAGCCAUCUGUCUGUAAUGAAAACGUUAUAUCUCUCUUACAAAUAGCUACACCGCAUCGCGUUUACCUAUUAGAUUGCCUUUCUCCACAACUUGGCGAGGAGUUAUGGCAACAGCUCGGGCAACGAGUGUUCAACAAUUUGGAGAUUUUGAAAGUAGGUUUCUCUCUACAUCAAGAUUUGCGUAUGCUACACAAAUCAUUGCCGUUGCAAUUAAAUUUGAAUGCGAAAACCUGCUACUUGGAUUUGCGUGAAUUAUGGCGACGACUCAAGUACCUACAAAUUGUAAAAUUUCCAUUUGGUUGUGGCUCAAAUUCCGGCGGCAGUUUAUGUGCAUUAACUGAAUUGUGUUUGGGUAAAAAAUUGGACAAAUCAAAUCAGUGCUCGAAUUGGGCCAAUCGACCGCUGCGUCACGAUCAAAUUGUUUAUGCGGCUUUGGAUGCGCAUUGUUUGCUGCAAGUGUACCAAGUAAUUGUGGAGAUUCUUUUAGGUAUAGGCCUGGAUUUUGACGAGGUCGUCAAUGAGGUCACAACUGGCAAAACCGGUUACUUAUUCCGCAUGAAACGCGCUUUCACGGAACACAACAAUGAAUGCAGCACAUCUGUGCCAGCCAAAGUCAAUAUAGCCAAAGUUCCUGCUGUCAGCGCAAACGUUCUUGGCACAAUUAACACAAAAUUCAUCUGCGAUAGAAUGUUAUAUGGCCUCUCGAAGGAACUACGCAAAUUAGGCAUUGACUGUAUGGAAAUAAUUAAAGAUAAUUUGAGUCACUAUGUGAAUAUAGCCAAAAGAGAGAAUCGUUAUAUACUCACGCGGGACACGCGUUAUGAUUUAUUCCUCAAAAUAUUGCCACAAACACAAUGCCUCCUAAUACCGGAUGAUACCAGCGUAGAGCAAGUGUUGAAUAUACUACGCCUAUUGGAUAUCAAAAUCUACGAGAACAAUCUAUUUACGCGCUGCCUACAUUGCAAUAGCAAUGAAUUUAUUUUGGCAUUGAGGCAUGAAUUGCAGGUUAUGCGCUAUGGUCAGGCUUUAGAUGACGUCAAGGAAUUGAGUGCCGGAAAUGUAUCGCCAUAUGAGCGAACAUUUAACUUAUUAAAUGUGAACCCAGAUAUUUUGAAAUCAAAAACGACCUAUCGUGGCAAGCCGAUCAAGCUAAACCGCAUUAACUCCCAUAUAUUGCGUUCUAAAGAACACUUUUAUAUAUGUGAUAACUGUGGUAAUUGUACUUGGGAUGGUGCACAUUCUAUACACGGCAGCGUAAUGGAUUUAAUUCUUUACAACAACUGCGAAACUGAUACUGCUGCUGGAUUUUAAGCGUGGAUCCUGGUGACUGACUUUUUUUUGGCAUUGAGUGGUAUUAAGUUAACACUAUAAACAUUAUUAUGGUUUUUUUAUUUUAUUUUUUAUUUAUCGAGCUUUAACCGCCAAAAUAACGUGCACAACAAAAUAUUAUCACUCACUUUACGAUGCAUUUACAGUUUGGCAACGAUAAACAUAACUUUUGCGAAAUUUUGAGGUUAUGUUUGUAAGCAAAUUUGCCUAAUAAUAAUAAGGGUAUUAUAGGUUUAGAAGCAAGUGUAGACGACAACCAGUCAUGAUUUAAAUGUAAAUAUAUUUUAUAUCCUGAGCAGGGUAUAUUAAGUUUGCCACUAUGUUUGUAACACCCAGAAGGAAACGUCGGAGAAUCUAUAAAAUAUAUAUCUAAAUGAUCAGCGGGAUGAGCUGCGUCGAUUUAGUCAUAUUGAUAAUUUAAAACACGUCGACCUAUUUACUCAAUAAAUUUCAUUGAAGUGAAAGGUCGCUGCCGUCUUUAAAAUGUUCAAGAAGCUGGCUUCAAGACGACAUUUGCCGAAGAGAAAAUUUCGCUGUCAUGCAGUCAUCUUUGUAUUCAAAGCAUUAACGUCACUAAGCUUCGCUUCCUAUACACUUCAACUUAUUUGGAGUCUGAACUUUGUUAGUAACCUCCAAAUUGAGUGACCUAUAAGUUUUAGGCCGAUGUGUUUUUGGUAGAAAUACGCUCAGAAUUUUGGCAUUGGUAUGAACAAAUAUUUUGCAACCCAGAUUUGUGCGCUGCGACUCACCUUAUGAAAAUCAAAAGUGACAUCUGUAAGAUUGACUUGUUAUUUUGUCGGUCAAGGCUCGAUAUACAUAAGAAUCUUUAUAUAUACAAAUACCUAUGUACCCCUAUAUUUGACCCUGUAUAUCUUUGUAUUUUUAGACUUGAAAAGUGACAUUUAUUUUCAUCACCCAAUUAAAAUUAUAUACCUAAUCAUAUUCUUAAAUUAGUACAAAAUCAACAAUAUUACAAAUAAUUCAAAGUAUAUUGAAAUGAAUUGAGAGUACAUGAAAGUAACGAAAUACAAAUUAAAUAAAAUCCAUUUGUAUGUAUGUAUGUUAGUCUGUACGUUCAAUAUAGCCGUAACAAUUUAUUAGAAUACAAUAAGCUAGUGUGGUAAUCUCAAAACCCUUAUGACGUAUGUGUCUGUAAUAAAUGAUUUUAAUAAAAUAUAUGUUAAAAUUGA